CUGCCGUUUCAGUUUCACUCUUCGCAGUGAGACACAGAGGUAACGGAGCCCGAUCGGAGCAGCUACCCUGGUGUCACUCGGUGCAGCAAACGGUGCCAAGAUGGCAAAUACAGUCCUGAAAACCCAGGUGGAAACAAGGGAAGAUGAGGAAGUAUCUCCACAAAAGAAUUUUGAGGAGGAAAAUGAAUAUUACAGAUUGGAGUCGGUGCCAAUUGCAUUUGAGGAACCUGAGAAGACAAGUCCAGGCGGCAAAGGAUUGAGAAAGAGAGCUAAAAAAGCCACCACUGGAACCACAGUCAGAGCAGCAAACGGUGCCAACAUGCCCAAGAGGAAGCCAAGUCCAGAUGAGGAACCCAAGAAGGAGACAACUCCAGAUGAGGAAUCUGAGGACGAGAACGAGAGUACAGAUGGGGAACCCAAGAAGACUAGUCCAGGAGGAAAACCUGGAAAUAACAAUAGUCCUGGUGGCAAAGGAUGGAAAAAGAGAGCCAAAAGAGCUGCAAUUGGAGCCGCAAUUGGAGCAGGAGUGGCACUGGUUGCCGUCCCGGCGUUCGUUGCUGGGCUGGGGUUCACCGCAGGCGGCAUCGCCGCUGGAUCCAUCGCUGCCAAGAUGAUGUCGGCAGCUGCCAUCGCCAACGGAGGGGGAGUGGCAGCCGGCAGCACCGUGGCUGUGCUGCAGUCCAUCGGAGCUGUAGGUUUUUCUACUGGUACCACAGCAGUGCUGACAACUGGCCUGGGGUCACUCGGGGCAGCAGCUGGUGCCUCGCUGCCCGUUGAGAAGAAAGACUCAGGUGACAAACCCAAGAAAAGUUAACUCCAGGUGACAAACCCAAGGAGGCAGCAGCUGCAGAUGAGGAAUCCGAAAGAAGUGCUGAUCCUGAGGUGUUGCCAGGCAGCGUGGCAGGUGCUGGGAAGCCCCCACAGACCCCACUCUCUCAAAAGCUUUGGAUUCCCCUGAGCAAUGAGUGCCCUGAAGCCAAUAAAGUUGCUUUGCCUGCAGCAGA